CUCAUAGAAAUGGGAAAAUAAUGAAACAAAACCAAGUGAAACAUUAUCUAUAAACAAGGUCCUUUGUGAGUGUCAAACCGCACAAAUAUUAUCCAAAAUUUCACACUAAGCUUCUCAUGGCAUCAUCUCUCACACCCACUUCCACGAUUCCAUACACAAAACUUCACAAUUCAAUCUUGCAAUUCACCAACGCUAACUUUAGGACUCCAAGCUUCAGCGUGGCCACUAAAUGCCAAUCUCAAGAAUCAUCAUCAGAGACAAGUCCACCUGCAAAAAUAACAAAACUUACCAUAGGGUCACCUAUUGUUGUUGUGGAAGCUCCCAAAAUGAUCAAGACUGCAGCGUCGGUACCAUGCCUGAGAGUUAAUUCUGGGCUAGUCAAGCCUGGUGAUGUAGGCAGAAUUGUGUCAAGAAAGCCUAAGGAUGUGUGGGCAGUUCGUCUCAGCAUAGGCACCUAUCUCAUUGAUGGCAAAUAUUUCAAGCCCUUGGAGCUUGCUGAGUGAUUGAAACUUGGAAAAUCAUUACAUGGUUAUUUCCAAGUAUAGGGUAUUUAUGAAUUUAUUGAAGUCUAGUCCUUUGGAAAUCCAUGAACGUUUAUUCCUCAUAAAAUCAAUACUAAGUGCUUACACAUGGCCAAUUCACUUUUCCA